UUUUUUCCCUUGAGAUGGCAGAGAAUCGGAAAUUUCCAAACAAAGACGCGGACACGACGACCAUUAGCAACUGAUUUUUCUUCGUCUUUGUUGAUUUUCCGGCCUGAGAAUCAAAAGCUUGAUUUUCACUGCUGGAGAUUGGAGGAAAUUGAAGGCGUCAUAGAGGAGAAGAAAAGCUCAGAGGAAUAGAAGAAACGAAGCUCGGAAGGAAGGUGAUGAAUGUUCCGAUCGAAUCGAUCAAUGUCCUUGACGAUGAUCUCUUACGGAUUAAGUUUGAUUUUGGUAAUAAUCGCAACCGAUGGAAUCAUGUCCACCGCCGUGGGCAGUUGUAACGGCGUCUGCGGUCAAACAACUCUGCCUUACCCAUUCGGAUUCUCGCUGGGCUGUCCUAUCCGUUUCGAAUGCUCCGGCGGUGUCGCGAAGAUCGGAGAGUUCUCCGUUAAGAACGUGACGGAUGAAAGCGUAUUCGUCGGCAUCCCCAUCAAUUGCAGCCGGUCGAUCGAGAAACUGAAGCCGCUAUUCGGUGAGCUCCACGCGCCGACGUCGGAGAACAGCUUCCUGGUGGAGCACUGCGGGGACACGUUGGAAGACAGCUGCUCGAUCAAGCGGAAGUUCUUGGAGAGCCAACUGAAGUUGCAAAGCUGCGAUUCCAAUGGAAACCUAAGCUGUUUCUCUCUGGAUACGAACAUCACCAAGUUCUUCACGUUCGAGGAUCUGAGGCAGACAAGGUGUCGUUCUCUGUUCUCCUCGAUAGCGUUUGAAUCAGUCGGCGAGAAUUCCGCCAUAGCCCUCGAGUUCGAGCGAGUUCGUUUGGGUUGGUGGCUGUUGGGACGAUGCGGAAACGGGACUUGCUCAGAAGGUGCAAACUGCAACGAUGUCAACACUGCAGAUGGGGAGCAUGGGCACAGAUGCUCAUGCCCGGAAGGUUACAUCGGAGAUGGGUUCAGUAAUGGCAGUCCUUGUCGGAGACCAGACUGCCAUGGUUUCAGACUUGCAAUGAGGCAUUGCAAAGGAGCUAAAUUUGGGAUUAUUAUAGGAGGAACUGUGACUGGAGCAUCCUUGAUGGCUGUUUUGGCUCUGUUGCUCUUUUGCAUACGAAGACGGUCUAUUUCUACGAGAAACUUGACAAGUGCAAAGCGUCUUUUGAGUGAAGCUGCAGGCAACUCGAGCAUCCCCUUUUUUCCGUACAAGGAAAUCGAGAAAGCCACCAGUGGUUUCUCCGACAAACAGAGACUAGGAACAGGCGCUUAUGGUACUGUCUAUGCAGGAAAGCUCCAGAAUGAUGAAUGGGUUGCCAUCAAGAGGCUCAGACACAGAGACUCGGACAGCAUCGACCAAGUCAUGAAUGAGAUUAAGCUCCUUUCCUCCGUGAGCCACCCGAAUCUUGUCCGUCUCUUAGGCUGCUGUAUAGAACAGGGUGAUCCAGUUCUCGUCUACGAGUUCAUGCCUAAUGGAACUCUAUCUCAGCAUCUACAGAGAGAGAGGGGGAAUGGUCUUCCAUGGACCAUGCGACUCACCAUUGCCACCCAAACCGCCAAAGCAAUUGCCUAUCUCCACUCUUCCAUGAACCCACCAAUCUAUCACCGUGACAUCAAAUCCAGCAAUAUUCUAUUGGAUUAUGAUUUUAACUCAAAAGUCGCAGACUUUGGACUCUCUAGACUGGGCUUGACAGAAUCCUCCCACAUAUCGACAGCUCCUCAAGGGACUCCUGGUUAUCUCGACCCUCAAUACCAUCAAUGUUUCCAUCUUUCUGAUAAGAGCGACGUGUACAGCUUUGGUGUAGUCCUUGUGGAGAUUAUAACGGCAUUAAAGGUGGUUGAUUUCAAUCGCCCACAUAGCGAGAUCAAUCUGGCAGCUCUUGCUAUUGAUAAGAUCGGAUCGGGUUGCAUUGACGAGAUUAUAGACCCGAUUAUCGAACCGAAUCUUGAUGCAUGGACGCUUUCGUCCAUACAUAGCAUGGCUGAGCUUGCAUUCAGGUGCCUAGCCUUCCACAGAGACAUGAGACCGACCAUGAUGGAAGUAGCAGACGAGCUCGAACAGAUACGGCUCAGCGCUUGGAUUCCUAACAUGGCAGUGGGUGUAGAUUCCCCGGCUGUUUCACAGCAUUCCUCGGACUUUGGAAGCGAAAGGUCGACGAGAAAGUCAUCGAUAGGAAGCAGAAGAAGUCUCCUAGUUCCUCAGAAACCGUCUGAUAGCCUCGUGUCCAUGGAAGAGAUUCAAGACAGCUCUCCAGUAUCGGUUCAAGACCCAUGGCUUAGUGACCAGAGCUCGCCUUCUGCCAACAGCUUGCUCGGCAACAUGCCUCGCUGAAUCUCCUGAUUUUACCAAUUUUUCUGUUUAUAGGCCUCUCUUGUAAACGUGCUCCAAUCUUCAAUGUUCAUAACGCUAGAAACAGGCUUUAUACUUCAGGUUAGGUGUGUUCCAUGGAUUCAUGAACUGUUCAGUUCA